AUUAGACUCUGGUGACUUGAGCUUCUUUUCUGACUAAAGAAGAGGUUUUUUCGUCUGGGAUUUUGGUAAGUUGCUGUGUCAUUAGCUUCUGUUAUGUGGUUUUUUUAAUCACAUGCUCUCUUCCAUUGAUGUUUAUUAACAUAUAAGUUUCUGUAUAUAGUGUCUUCUCUCAUUGUUCUCCUUUGAACUUUGAAGCUUGGGGUGCAAAAUAAAAGAAAAUGGAGUUUCAUUCUAGUAGGUGGUUUCUCUGUAAACAAGUUUUUCUUCCGAAUCUAAGCACUCAAAGACAGUAGAUUUUGUUAUCUGAAUCCAAAACAAAGUUAUGCAACUCUGGAGCUGUGUUUUCUUAAUCUAUUUACAUUCUUGGAGGCCAAUUAUUUAAGUACUAUAGAGUGUGGCGGGGGGAUUCUUUCAUAUUUGAACAAUUGAAUUGGUUUGUGUGAUGGAAAUUUUAAGCUUUUUGGCAACAGAUUUCCCCAUCUGGGUAUUCAAAAGCAGCACUUGGAGAGCUGGAUUUCUUGUGCUUGUUUUGGUUUUAUCAAAUUUAUUGUGCUUAGUUUGUGGUCUAGGCUCAAUGUCUUCAAUUGCCAUUUCUUAUGGUGAAAAUGGUCCAGUUUUCUGUGGCUUGAAGGCAGAUGGGUCUCAUAUUGUGACUUGUUAUGGAUCCAAUUCUGCAAUUAUCUAUGGCACUCCUUCUCAUUUCCCAUUUAUAGGUCUAACUGCUGGUGAUGGCUUUGUUUGUGGACUAUUAAUGGUUUCAAACCAGCCAUAUUGUUGGGGAAGUAGUGGCUAUAUCCAAAUGGGAGUUCCUCAGCCUAUAAUCAAAGGAGCUGAAUAUGUAGAAAUAAGUGCUGGUGAUUACCAUUUAUGUGGUUUGAGAAAGCCCUUAACAGGAAAGUGGAGAAACCACUCAUUUGUGGAUUGUUGGGGCUACAACAUGACUAAAAACUAUGUGUUUGAUGGGCAGAUCCAAUCAAUUUCAGCUGGUUCAGAGUUCAAUUGUGGCUUGUUUUCACAGAACAGGACUGUUUUCUGUUGGGGUGAUGAGACUAGUAGCAGAGUGAUUAGCCUAAUUCCCAAAGAAAUGAAGUUUCAAAAGAUUGCAGCUGGUGGUUAUCAUGUUUGUGGGAUUUUAGAAGGGGUGAAUUCAAGAGCCUUUUGUUGGGGAAGAAGUUUAGACCUUGAAGAAGAAAUCUCCGUGGCGUAUUCAGGUCAGGGGAACGUUGACUUACCUCCAAGUGAUCCAAUGUUUUCCAUUGUAGGAGGAAAGUUUCAUGCUUGUGGAAUUAAGCGCAAUGAUUAUGGAAUUAUUUGUUGGGGGUUUAUUAUCAAACCAAGCACGCCGCCUCCAAGUGGUGUUAAGGUCUAUGAGAUUGCAGGUGGAAACUACUUCACUUGUGGAGUUCUUGAGGACAAGUCUUUGCUUCCAGUUUGUUGGGGAGUUGGAUUUCCAGCCUCUCUCCCUUUAGCAGUCUCUCCUGGACUUUGCAAAACAACGCCUUGUGUGCCCGGUUCAUAUGAAGUUAGUAAUGAACAUGCACCUUGCAAGUCUCCCAAUUCCCAUGUUUGUUUGCCCUGCAGCGACAAUUGCCCUGCUGAAAUGUAUCAGAAGGCUGAAUGCACUUUGAAAUCGGAUAGAGUUUGCGAAUACAAUUGUUCGAGUUGUUCCUCAGCUGAAUGCUUCUCAAAUUGUUCUUCAUUGCUCUACAAUGGUGUUGUGGGGAAGAAGAAUGAGCGGUUUUGGUCAAUGCAAUUGCCAGUCAUUGUUGCAGAGGUCGUCUUUGCUGUGUUUCUAGUAACUGUUGUUUCUUUAACUGCUGUUUUAUAUGUUAGGUACAAGUUAAGGAACUGUAAUUGCUCAGCAAAAGUGUCAUCAAAGUCACGCAAAGUCAAUGGUGUUAAUGCUUCCUACCAGAAGGAUAAUAGCAAAAUCCGACCUGACUUGGAUGAGCUCAAGAUAAGGAGGGCUCAGAUGUUCAGUUAUGAGGAACUUGAGAGAGCCACUGGAGGAUUUAAGGAAGAAUCUCAAGUGGGGAGGGGCAGUUUUUCUUGUGUUUAUAAAGGGAUACUCAAAGAUGGGACAGUUGUCGCGGUUAAAAAGGCAAUAAUGUCUUCUGAUAAACAAAAGAAUUCAAAAGAAUUCCACACAGAGUUAGAUCUAUUGUCGAGAUUAAACCACGCUCAUUUGCUCAAUCUGCUAGGCUAUUGUGAAGAGGGUGGUGAAAGGCUUUUGGUGUAUGAGUUCAUGGCACAUGGCUCUUUGCACCAACAUCUUCAUGGGAAGAACAAGGCCUUAAAGGAGCAAUUGGAUUGGAUUAGAAGGGUGACAAUUGCAGUCCAAGCAGCACGAGGAAUUGAAUACUUGCACGGAUAUGCCUGCCCGCCUGUUAUUCAUCGUGACAUCAAGUCAUCAAACAUCCUUAUUGAUGAAGAACACAAUGCUCGAGUUGCUGAUUUUGGUCUCUCUUUGUUGGGACCUGCAGAUAGUAGUUCCCCUUUAGCUGAGCUUCCAGCUGGGACUCUUGGAUAUCUUGAUCCUGAGUACUACAGGCUCCAUUAUCUUACUACCAAGUCUGAUGUUUACAGUUUUGGAGUGUUGCUUUUGGAGAUCCUUAGCGGGCGAAAAGCUAUCGAUAUGCAAUAUGAUGAAGGCAAUAUAGUUGAAUGGGCAGUUCCUUUGAUCAAAACCGGAGAUUUAUCAGCAAUUCUUGAUCCUGUCUUGAAGCCUCCAACUGAUCUUGAUGCCUUGAAAAGGAUUGCAAAUGUGGCUUGCAAAUGUGUGAGGAUGAGAGGGAAGGAGAGGCCAUCAAUGGAUAAGGUAACGACAGCCCUGGAACGUGCGCUCGCCCAACUGAUGGGUAGCCCCUGCAUUGAGCAACCAAUUUUGCCAACUGAGGUGAUUUUGGGGAGUAAUAGAUUGCACAAAAAAUCAUCUCAGAGGUCUUCGAAUCAAUCAGCCUCCGAAACUGAUGCAGCCGAAGCUGAAGAUCAAAGAUACGAGUUUAGAGCUCCUUCAUGGAUAACCUUUCCAAGUGUUACAUCUUCCCAGAGGCGAAAGUCAUCGGUUUCAGAAGCAGAUGUGGAUGGGAAGAACUUGGAAGCAAGAAAUAUGGGCAACAUGGGAAGUGUUGGAGAUGGGUUGAGGAGUUUGGAGGAAGAGAUUGGACCUGCUUCUCCUCAAGAGAACUUAUUCUUGCAGCACAAUUUCUAAAGAACUUAAUUGAUUUCUUGAUUCAUGGUGGUGGCGGCUUUGCUUCAGUUUCUGGUGGUUGAUUUGGUUGGAAUGUGAUAAGAGAAAAAGAGUGAAAGGAUGUAAUUUUAUGGAUAACCAGUGCUACAAUUGCUAUUACUUCAAAGUCUUCAAUACUAGCACAUCUUUUUUAUGUGUUAGAGCUAUUCACUGCAAUAUCGAUUUGGUAAUAUAA